AUGCCCAUCAUUCGCAAAAAGGCUCUGGCCAUGCCACGUCGUCGUCUGCUGCAGUUUCUGGGUCCGUCGUCGUUGUCGCUGCCACUCGUCCCACCCGCUGCUCGAUUCGACCGCGUCUUCUCGUCCACUAACAGCUCCGUCUCUGCUCGCCAUCAGCCGUCGGCCAAUCGCAGCAGAAAAGCUCGGAAUCAACUGGUGCUGGCGUUGCGCACGUUCCACGCGCUUGAAGAGCACUUUGCAGUGCCGUUUGGUUUUGUCGUGCCUCGGAGUGACCAGUGGCCACCGGAAGUGCAAUCGAUGCCGCUCGGUGUGAAGGUCCAUCGAUUCGUACAGACGCUGAACAAAAACCCGACGACGUUUUUGUCGUCGUCCGCGUCCGAGAACGAGAACAAGGCCAACGUCAAGCAGGUACAAGAGCUGCAGGCCUUGGGCUUUCCCUUGUACUCGUGGCAGGCGUAUCAGUUUCAACAAGUGUGUCUUCCAGCGUUGAAGACGUACGCAGAGUUAUUCGGGCACCUGUUUGUGCCACAGAAAUUUGUCGUGCCAGACCGACACAACGAGCCAGACGCGGCGGCUCAGUGGCCGCGGGCAACACAUGGGUACAAACUUGGACUUGUUGUUGCGAAGAUGAGGAAACAGGUGCAGCAGGAAAAACAGCGGGAGCAGCAGCUGAACGACUCGAGACUGCAAACUGGUUUAAGUGCGGCGUUGCCGUGCUUGCCAAAGAGCCAAGUGGAUGCACUGAACGAGCUUGGAUUUGUGUGGAGAGUACGCGACACCAAGUGGUACAAGUUCUUUUUGCCCGGUUUGAGACGAUACCGGGAGUUACAUGGCCAUGCUGACGUGCCGCUGACGUUUACGAUCCCAUCUCAUGACAAAGACCCGAGGUGGCCGAAAACACUAGCGGGAUACAAGCUGGGACGCCAUGUGACCAUGGUGCGAGCGGGUAACUAUACAACGCAAGUUCGAGACAGCAAGAAGGAGCUGGAGGAUCUGGGAUUCUCAUUUCGAGUCCUUGACAAGGUGUGGAAAGAAAGCAUCUUCCCUGCGCUCAAAGUCUUCUCAGAGAUCCAUAGCCAUUGCGACGUAUGGCAGGAGUUCGUCGUGCCCUCGAACGAACCUUGGCCUCAGGACUCAUGGGGGCUGAAGCUGGGAGUCACGGUGAAGAACAUUCGACGCGGAGCGUUCGAGGCACAAACACAGGCAUCUCGAAAAGAGCUUGACGCGCUAGGUUUCGUUUGGAACGCGCGCCAACGCAUUGAGGCAACCGUCCGCAGUGUGGUCAUUCCGGCACUGACCACGCAUCGAAGACUCCAUGGCAACAACGCACUCGUAACGACGGACUUUGUCGUGCCCGACCGCGACCCAAACUGGCCAGUGCACACGCGUGGCUUUAAACUUGGCCGCUGGAUUACACGGGUGCGCUCUGGUAAAGUUGCACUUUCGCCCAAGUUGCGUGCAGAGCUGGAUGAAGUUGGCUUUGUGUGGCGUUCCACCGACCAGCGUUGGCAUGAUGUGAUACUGCCAGCCUUUCAAGCGUAUGCUAGUCUGCACGGUGGCUCUUGUGCUUCGAUGAGCACGAAGUUCUUUGUCCCGCCUGAAGCGCCGUACCCGCGCGCAGCUUGGGGAGUAAACUUAGGUGGCGCCCUGUGGCACAUUCGAAAUGGCGACUCGUACGUGAACUGCGAAGCCAAGCGCAGAGAGAUGCGUGCGCUUGGUAUUCUGGUGGACAGUUAUACGGCAUAG